CUGAUUUUCGAUAGUCCGCGAAGCUUCGAGCAUUUGUUGUUUCGUUGUAGUUGUUGUCUCAAUAAGGCAAAAAGAAAUGAAAUUACUGGCACGGAAUAACAAUUAACAAAAUGAAAUAAAUGCAUUAUCACCGCUGCGAAAAAAGUAGUUAAAUGUGCCAGUAAUUCCCGCAGCAACGACAAAUACAUGCGAGCUUGGCUUGUGACGUCAUCGUUUUUGUUGGCCAGGGUACGGCCACGCCCCCGGCUACUGAUACGCCCACUGAGCACGAUGAAUGAAUGCCGCCAAAUUACAAAAACAGCAAAUUGCAACAUAAUACCCACAAAAGCAGCUAUUAUAAAGCAUUUGUUUGUGGACAAAAGGAGCAUGUCGGGACGUACCGAGGAUCCUGAAGAUGUGGUGGCCACCCAGAAUCAAGAUGCAUUAGUUUCCUGGGAAAUAACCCAAGAGGAUCGCCAGGCAAUCCAAGAGAGACAGCGCAAGGCCUUCGCCUUCUUCACGGAAACCCUGCAAAUCUACGGCGUCGAGGAGCUAAUCUUCUGUUUUAAUGGCGGCAAGGACUGCACCGUCCUCCUGGAUCUCCUCAUGCGCUACCUCCGCCAGGAGAACAUUUCCAGCGGUGACAUUCCCAUGUUGUACAUUAAAUCCGGGGACUCCUUUGCGGAAAUCGAUGAUUUCGUCGAACAGUGUGUGCGCAACUACCACGUGGAACUGGUGGAGUACGAAGGAUCUCUCAAGGAGGCACUCACCCACAUGGCAGAGGAUAUGCCACGGAUCAAGGCCGUUUUUGUGGGCAGUCGGGACACAGAUCCUUACUGCCAGCACUUGGCGCCCAUGCAGCCGACGGAUAACGACUGGCCACCGAUGAUGCGACUUAAUCCCUUACUCCAAUGGACUUACCACGACGUCUGGCACUAUAUCCACUUAAACUCGGUUCCCUACUGCAGUUUGUACGAUCGGGGUUAUACCUCCAUCGGCAACCGCUCCAACACAAUUCCCAAUCCGCAUCUCAGGAACACCGAUUCCGAAUGCGACUGUGAUCCCGAUUCAGCCUGCUCCUGCGAUCCUCAUGGCUAUAAACCAGCCUGGAAACUGGAAGAUCCUACCCUGGAACGUGCUGGUCGCCUGCCCAGAAAGUAGAUCGAAUGGACCUCGGAUUUCGGAUCCCACGAUAAAUAGCAAAAGUGCCUGUCGCGUGGCUUUAGUGCAAUUGUCUAGAUUAAACUUUAGUUAGUCACAAAUUGUAUAUAGAGGUAUGCAUAUUCGCUUGUGAUUUGGAUUUCGGUGUACAUACUUAAUCUUAUAUUUUUUACGAUCUAAGCUAGACUGCUGAAUAAAUGUGAGCUCUAUUGUCGGUUCACUUAAGCAA